AUGGAUGGAACUAAUGUGAAGCGUAGCACAUCACAUACUAUUUCGAACUAUAGGUUGGGGAAGACCAUUGGUACCGGAACAUUUAGUGAAGUGAAACUUGCAAUUCAUGUUUUAACAGGGAUUGAAGUUGCUAUAAAGAUCCUUGAUCGUCAAUCAAUUGCCAAUUUAUCAGCAGAAACAGUGAAACGUGAAAUCAAUAUACUGAGGCUACUUUCACAUCCUCAUAUAGUUCGCUUUUAUGAGGCCAUAGAGACUCGUGAAAAAAUAUAUAUUGUCAUGGAGUAUAUGAAUUCAGGUGAACUAUGGUAUUAUACUACACGGAAGGGUAGACUCCAGGAGGAUGAAGCUCGCCACUUCUUUCAGCAGAUUAUUUCGGGUGUUGAAUAUUGCCACCUCCACAUGGUAGUUCACCGAGACCUCAAGCUUGAGAACUUACUUUUGGAUUCCAAAUGCAAUGUCAAAAUUGUUGACUUUGGAUUCAGUAAUUUUAUGCGUGAUGGUCAUUUUCUCAAAACAAGCUGCGGAAGUCCAAGUUAUGCUGCUCCUGAGGUUAUAUCUGGACAACUUUAUGCUGGUCCUGAGGUUGAUGUUUGGAGCUGUGGGGUUAUCUUAUAUACUCUUCUAUGUGGAAGGUUUCCUUUUGGUGACGAUGAUUUUCCUAGCAUAUACGCAAAGAUAAAGAAGGGAAUAUAUGCACCCCCAAAUCAUUUGUCUGAUGGUGCACGCGAUUUGAUUGCCUGUAUACUUGUUGUUGAUCCUAUAAAACGCAUAUCGAUUCCUGAAAUACGUCAACAUCCUUGGUUUCAACCCCAUCUUCCACCAUACAUUGCUGACCUCACAAUCAAUGCCUUAUACAGUUCAAAAAUGCCACGUCAGGGCAUGGAUUGUCCUGAGAUAUAUUUGAGAUCACCUGAUCCUGCUCAAGGAAAGUGGACACUGGGUUUUAAGUCUCGAGCAUCUCCACAUGAAACGAUGAUGGGUGUUCUGAAGGUUUUUUACAGCCUGAAUGUUCGAUGGAAGAAGAUAGGACAUUGCAACAUGAAAUGUCUCUGGCUACCUCCAUUUGGUACCCAUUCCAGGGCCGAACUUAAUGAUAAUUCCACUGAAAUAAAACCGAUUGAUGGUCAUGAAGAAGAUCGGACAGGUGCUAGAUCACGUGAUCCGAUCAAGUUUGAAAUUCAGCUUUAUAAAGCAAGUGGAGAACGUUAUGCUAUUGAUUUGCAAAGGCUUCAUGGGCCUCCCUUUUUGUUUCUCGAAAUUUGUGCUGCAUUUUUUGCACUCGUAGUGGCAUAGCUUCGUUCAUGUGCGACAUGGAAUGCACUUUUGGCAUCUCGGGACUUUUUCUGACUAGCUGUUCUAUAAUUUCUGCUGGAACUCAGAUGGUUGUGGUCGACCUUGAAGAGUUCUAUAUUUGUUUCCUGUAUGUGACUGCAAGGUGGUCUUUGAGUGCUACACAAUGUAUAUUCCAGUGUCUUGUUCCCAUAUCAUGCAGCGUUGUGGUUGGAAAAUUAACAUACAUAAGAUGAGAUUGUAUGAUUUUUCAUUGAGUGGCUUACUUAUUAUUCGUCCAUUAUCAAUCUAGACUGUCAGCAAGUGGCA